AUGAUUUUAUUAUUAGUAUUUAUCCUUUUGGGUUCUCUUGCAACCAGUUUUGAACUUUUCACCAGUCUUGAUGAAGUGGUCUAUGUUAAGCAUGCCAUCAAUGAUCAGGCAAAACCAUACCAACCACAUUGGGAUGCGACUUUGUCAUGGGCGAUCAAAGGUACUGAAGUACAUCCUCUGGAUCAUUUCUACUUAAAGAUGCCAUGUGUAUUCAAGUUCAUUACAGAUCAAACUUAUGUUCCUUUAAAAGCUGGUUCCAUUGAAUAUGGCCAAUGCCAUUUCAAGCCAGCAGAAGUAUUUCUGACAUAUUCAGAAUUGGAUUGUGUUAUUCUGUCAACUGUGAGCGCUAGUACUAAUGCAAAAGGUACUAUUCGCUUCCCAUUCACUUUUAAUGUCGGUGGUUCUGCGUUGGAUGCAGACUUAAAAUGUGCUAAAACAUUUACAUCUGGUUCCAAUGUCAUUGCUUUUUCUGAAGGAAAAAAAUUUACAUAUACGGUUGAAUUUGAUGCAGGUUCUUCAUAUAAUCCAGAUGGCACUUUCUUUGCCCGUACCGUUCCCUCGGUGAAAAAGUUUCAAACUUAUUUGGUUGCUGGGGACUGUUCCAAGGGAUACUUAUCAGGAACAUUAGGAUUACAAAUAACAAACAGCAAUGCCAAAAUUGAUUGUAGUAGUUUUCACGCAAAUAUGACCAAUCAGUUUAACAGCUGGAUGAUGGCUGGUACAGCGGAUAGUAUCACAAGGACAAUUUCAUGUGUUGAUAAUAAGCUUGAAGUGAAUUACAAGAAUAUCCCUGCCGGAUAUAAACCAUAUCUUGAUGCCUUUUUAAUUCCCACUGAUGGUCAUUCAAUAAAAAUGGUUUAUUUUAAUAGGUAUAAAUGUAUUGGUGAUGACAACCAAACUAACCAUGAUGCAAACUAUGAAUGGACUGCUUACGAUAAUUCUGAUCCUAAUUCAGAAGGAGAGGAUGGAUUCCCAGCAAUUGGAACUGAAUUGUCAUCUGAAGAUAAUGAUUAUUUCGAAACCGAUUUUGCUGUUGUUGCUCACAAGCAGAGUAUUAUUAUACAAAUUCCUAUUCCAACUGUUUCCACAACUACAACCUAUACAGGUAUUUCAACCUACUCAUCAACAGUUACUGCUAUAAUUGGGGAAACGGCCACUGUUAUUGUACAAUCUCCAACUGAUACCACCACUACAGUAACCCAAUGCUGGAACGAAAAUUAUAACACUACAAAUUUAAUCCUUGAUACCAUUGCUGCAACACAUACCUUAGAAAUAUUGAUCCCAUGUGAACAUGAUUCUACAGAUACAACA